AUGAUGCUCCUAAUAUUGCUCAUAUUUCUUGCCAAGGCACCUGCAACACAAUCAUGGGGGAGUGAGGGGCACUAUAUAACCUGCAAGAUAGCUCAGCCACUUUUAAGUGAAGCAGCUGCAAAUGCAGUGCAAAAACUGCUCCCAAGCUCAGCUGAAGGAGAUUUGGCUUCUGUGUGUUCAUGGGCUGAUACAGUUCGUUCUAUAUAUCCUUGGUCUUCUUCUUUACACUUUGCCAAUCCUCCUAAUGUCUGUAACUAUGACUACACUCGGGACUGCCAUAACACCCAGGGAGAAAAAGAUAUGUGUGUUGCAGGAGCUAUCAACAAUUAUACAUCUCAGUUAGCAAGCUAUGGAGACUUGUCAACAGCAGUGCCAUAUAAUCUGGCAGAAAGUCUGAUGUUCCUUUCCCACUUAAUUGGAGACAUUCAUCAGCCUCUGCAUUUGGGAUUUAUUAGUGAUUUAGGAGGAAACAGAAUCACAGUACAGUGGUACACAGAAGAAACAAAUCUGCAUCACGUGUGGGAUUCGAAAAUCAUAAAUGAAACUUUGAAAGAAUUUUAUGAUCUAGAGGUUUCAGCUAUGAUAGAAGAUCUUCAGAGAAACAUAACAGGGGGAUGGUCAGAUGAGGUGCCCACAUGGGACAGCUGCUCCAAGGACUCUCUGUCUUGUAUUGUAAGAUAUGCAUCGGAGAGUAUUAGCUUGGCUUGCGAAUGGGCAUAUAAAGACGUUACUGCAGACGCUAUUUUGGGAGAUGAUUAUUUCCUCAGUCGGCUUCCAAUUGUAGAAAAGAGACUUGCGCAAGGAGGUGUAAGAUUGGCUGCAACACUCAAUCGGAUUUUCUCUUCUGGGAUCGAUUUUUCUAAGUGA